AUGGGAGAGAAGAAGGAUGGAGCUACGGCUACGGCUGGAGCUGAGGCUGAGGCUGAGAAGCCUGGUCUCCUCACCCGCUGCACAACAUUCACCCGCCUCCUGCUCUACGGCAAUCCCUCGCCAAAAGAAACUCUCGUCCUCUUGACCGGCCUCAUCUCCGCCAUCGCAUCCGGAAUCCCCUUCCCCAUCAUGGCCAUCGUCUUCGGCCAGCUCGUCGACGACAUGAACUCCUCAACCUGCAACGCAACCCCCACAAACGCCGAUGCCUACCAAGCCGGCAUCAACGACAAGGUCCUGCAGAUCGUGUACAUCGGGAUCGCGUACUUCGUGCUCAUUUACAUAUAUGUCUUCUGCUGGAACAUCUCAGGCGAGUGGCUUGCGCAGCGGAUGCGCGAGAAGUACUUCCACAGUUUACUUCGGCAGGAUGCCGCGUUCUUCGAUACGCUUGCGCCGGGGGAGGCGAGUUCGCGGAUUACAGGGGACAUCAGUACGAUUCAGCAGGGGACCAGCGAGAAGGUGGGGAUUGUGCUGAACAGCAUUGCGUUUUUUGUCACCAGCUAUGUGGUUGCGUUUAUCAAGGACGCCCGGCUGGCGGGCAUGCUUGUCUCCCUGGCGCCGGCGUACCUGAUCAUGAGUCUUGCAGGCGGGUACUUUGUGCGCAAGUACUUUGGGCGCGCGCUCGAGUGCAUGGCGGCUGCGUCUUCGGUGGCGCUGGAGGCGUUCAGCAAUACGAUGCUCGUGCAUGCGUUUAGUGCGGGUGCAAGGCUUGAGGCUCGGUUCGUUGACCAUCUUGGUCCUGCGCGUGUUGCUGGGAUCCGCAAGUCCAUUGCGACGGCGACACAGGCGGGUCUGUUGUACUUUAUUGCGUUUUCGGCGAACGCGCUGGCGUUCUGGCAGGGUUCGACGAAGAUUGCGGACGCCGUUGAAGCUGGUGGGGAAGGUGUGACGGUUGGAAAUACGUACACGGUUAUCCUGGUUCUUGUGGAUGCUAGUUUGAUACUGAGUCAAGUGGCGCCGUUCCUGCAGAGCUUUGAUGCGGCGGCCGUGGCGUUCAAGAAGCUGGAGAAGGAUAUUGAGAGGCCGAGUCCGAUUGAUGGGACGGCCGAGAUUGGCCUUGUGCCUGCCAGCCCAAUUGCUGCGGAUAUUGAGUUCCGCAACGUUGGGUUCAGGUUUCCCUCGCGGCCGGACAAGCCUAUCUUGCAAGAUCUCUCGCUGCGUAUUCCGGCAGGCAAGCAAACGGCGCUGGUCGGAUUAAGUGGCAGCGGCAAAUCGACUGUUGCGGGAUUGAUCACGCGGUUUUAUGAUGCUGAAGAAGGACAAGUCUUGAUCGGGGGCCAUGACGUGCGGGAGCUGAAUGUGCGCUUCCUGCGGAGUGCUAUCAGUCUCGUCCAGCAGGAGCCUUGUCUGCUUGAUCGGUCGAUCCUGGAGAAUAUUGCUCUCGGUUUGGUAAACUCGGCGGCGCAUGGCCACUUGAUGGAUGUGCUGAAGAGCAGCGCGUUGGAAGACAUUGCUUCUGCUGUUCGUGAGAAGGGAAUGAGUCUUGAUCAUGCUAUUGACUCACAACCCGGCAAUAAAGAGCAGAUCCGUGAGAUUGUGUCUCUUGUUCAGACAGCAGCCGGACUCGCCGACGCUAGCAAAUUUAUCAACAAGCUUGACCACGGGUAUGCGACAAUGGUUGGGUCGAGCGGGAAUCUCAUCAGCGGUGGGCAGAAGCAACGUAUCUCUAUCGCUCGAGCUUUGGUCAAGAGCCCGCAGGUUCUUAUUCUCGACGAAGCAACGGCGUCACUGGAUUCCGCUACCGAAAUGCGUGUGCAGCAGGCGUUGGAGACGGCUGCUGCUGGACGAACCCUGGUCACCAUUGCGCAUCGGCUCUCGACUAUCCGGAACGCAGAUAACAUCAUCGUGAUGAGGCAAGGAAAGCUCAUUGAGCAGGGCUCUCACACCGAGCUUCUUGCUGCGGAUGGCGCGUAUGCGGAGCUCGUGAGGUUGCAGAAUCUCAAUGUCAAUGCUUCUCAGGAGAGUGCGGCUUCGUCUGCCAGGCCAUCGUUGGACAGUACAACCCUCGAGAAAGAGAAGAUCACCGAAGUGACCUCGGUGCAAGACGACGAAAACUCUGCGCCUGCUCCUUCUAAGGAGAAACCCACAGACCAGGAACCAGUCGCCGCUGAGAGGUCCGUCAGUUCGACCUCCAAAGCCGUUGCUUCGCUCUUCCGUCCGUACUCACUAGCCCUCCUCAUCGCCGUCACCGGCGCCGUUGUCAUCGGAGGCACAUACUGCGCCUCAGCAAUCAUUUUCGGUAACGUUGUGGGCAAGCUGAGCUCGUGCGAGACCGCAGAUACAAUCCGACAUGCAGGAGAGUUCUGGGGCCUGAUGUUCUUCGUCCUAGCCCUAAUCGAGUUCUUCGCCAACCUCAUCAGCUGGUCCCUCUUUGGCUGGAUUGCAGAGCAGCUGAUCUACAAGGUCCGCGUACUCUCUCUACGCUCCAUUCUCGAGCAGAAGCUUGAAUGGCACGAAGCGCGCACUCCAUCAGGUCUCCUCUCCCUCAUUGUCAAGGAUAGCAACGCACUCAACGGCCUCACCGGCUCCGUCAUCUGUACCAUCCUCAGCAUCCUCGUCAACCUCUUCGCAGCUAUAAUCAUGACGCACAUCAUUGCCUGGCGGAUCGCACUCGUCUGCCUCUCCGUCGUUCCCCUUUUGUUGGGAGCAGGAUACAUGCGCGUCUCAACCCUGGCCAGCUUCGAAGAGCGACAUAACGACGCAUUCGCCCGCUCCUUAGGUAUAACCGUUGAAGCCGUGACUUCUAUCAAGACCGUGCACGCCCUCGCCAUCGAGUCCGAGGUCCUCUCCACCUACCGCCGCAGCUUGCAGGGACCGAUCCGCGAGAUAACAGGGCAGUCGGCCUUCACCAACCUCUGGCUCGCCGUCGGCUACGGGCUCAGCAACUUCGUCUACGCGCUGGCGUACUGGUGGGGCGCGAAACAGAUCAUUGCGGGCCACUACACGCAGACCCAGUUCUUCAUCGUCCAGCUUGCCUUGCUCGUCUCGUCGCAGCUCUGGGGGCAGAUGUUUGCGCUGGCACCGGAUGUGUCCCGCGCUGUGCAGGCCACUCGCCGGCUGUUGAAUUUGCUUGAUAUGGGCUCGACAAGGAAGCUCUCUGAUCCUGUGGCCACACCUGGCUCGGACUCAAAGGACCUCGAGGCUACCUCUCACCCAUCCGAGAAGCCUCCUCUCCCAGGACCAGCAGGAAGCCAAUCCGGCCUCAGCGUCUCCUUCAAACAAGUGGAAUUCACAUACCCCGCCCGCCCAGACACCCAAGUCCUGCACGGACUCGACCUCUCCAUUGCAGCAGGCCAAUUCGCGGCACUCGUAGGCCCCUCCGGCGCCGGUAAAUCAACCAUCAUCUCCCUCAUAGAGCGCCUCUACACACCCAGCGCCGGAACGAUCGAGCUCGGUAGCCGCAACAUCGCACACCUGGACUCGUCCUUCCGCGAUGAAAUCGCCUAUGUCCCGCAACACUCUGUGCUCUUCGAUGGGUCCAUCAAAUUCAACCUUGAAUUGGGAGCGCGGCCAAACCAGCUUUUAACACAGGCGGAUAUCGAAGAAGCGUGCAAGCUAGCCAAUAUCCACGACGUUAUCAUGAGUCUGCCAGACGGGUACGAGACAGCUGUUGGCCCGAACGGUGAUCGGCUGAGUGGUGGGCAGAAGCAGCGUCUAGCCAUUGCGAGGGCGUUGCUCAGAAAACCGCGGCUGUUGCUGCUGGACGAGAGUACGAGUGCCCUUGAUGCGGAGAGUGAGCGGUUGCUGCAGGAUGGGCUGGAAAAGGCGGCAAGGGGCAUCACGGUCAUUGCGAUUGCACAUAGGCUGUAUACGAUUCGAAAGGCGGAUAUCAUUUUCCUCAUUGAGGAGGGAAAGGUUGUGGAGAGGGGAUCGCAUGUCGAGUUGAUGGAGCGGAGUGAGAGUUAUCGCGUGAAUGCGUUGAAUCAGGCUGUGGAUGGUUAA